ACCUCAACAAGCAAACGGGCUCACGACCAUGCGGCUAGUGGGACGCCUCUCGCGCAGGCUUUAAUACGCAUGUACGAGUCGAAUCGUUCUCAGAGACCUCCCACUAGGAUGAAUAUCUUCUUUUUUCUUUUUGUCCUUGAUUUUUUUUCAAGUUUCACUUCGACCUCUCGUGAUCUUGCUGGUCCUUAUCCCCCAGAAGCUGUCUUGGUCGAUUCUGGAAACCAAGGCACGCUUCCAAGCAUAUUCGGAGAUCCAUGGGCUCUAGCUUCGCUUUAAUCAUCAUUGUCCUGGAAAUAUAUUCGUGACUGUGUUGCCCGUGCUUCAGCCGCGCUAGAAACUACACAGAUCUACGGAGGCUCAGAUUUUGGCUUAGUAGACGAUUGUACUUGUUUAUGGGUCAUUAUCCUGACAAAGGCUAUCAAUGGGCUCUUUGUAUUGUGAUUGCAACGCAUAUGAUGCACUAAGUUUUUAAGAGAGGCGAACUUUGAGUUAAAGGCUGGGUCGACUGUGUGCGUUACUACACGAUCCAGAGUUGAUGAAAGCGCUGCACCAGUUAUGGGCGUCACCAAAUCUCCAUCUAUCUGGAUCAUGCGGAUGAUUGGAACCGGUGCACCAAAUGAAGGAUGUCAGACAUCGCUGUUUUAUUCUGUUCCUUGACUGCAGACACAACCGACUGACCGAGGCUGUGCCCAGAAUUCAACGCAGUCGUCGACCAGCUUGAUGAUUCAGUCGUGUUGACAUCUCACGCACUGGCUUACUUCUGUGAGAUCCUUUGUUUGCAGCUUUGGGUUGACCGAUGAUGUCUCUUUCAUCGAACAAUCACGCACAACGAAACUCCAGCAAUCAAAACAAAGACAAUAUAGGGGACGGUGAAAUGGUCAAACUCUGUGCGUUUUGGGUCACGCUUCGUUGUCACUGGCAGCGUCUAGAGGAAAGAGCUACCGUUUAAAAGGAUGAUGAGUCGGAACAGGUCCUUCCCUUUUUGUGUCGCUGCCGGUCCACUGCUCCACCGCUCCACGUGUUGCUUCACUGCGAUCACGAAGCUCUGGUCCACUCAAAUACCUCAUACUGCGACUCUUGGAGCUGCAACGACAUAGAAAGACGCCCGAAGACAUGUGUUACGAGGAGCACAAGACCUAUGCAGGAUGCCAUUGCGAGUACAAAGCGUGGAGCAAGUGUGGCAUCGCAGCGGCUCACAGCAUCGCCGAGCAGCACAGGAACAGCCGUGCGGUAGAAGAAGGCAGAUCCUUCGACGUCAGGCACACACCCUCACCGUGUGUCAAGCGUGUCGAUUACAACUCGCAGAACUAUACCUGGGCGUGUCCAAAUUGCCGGAAGGGCAAGGAUCCUCUGGAGCCGGGCGGUGUUGGGGAAGGAAAGGUUAUGCCCGGGAAAGUCGGGCGAAGGAUCAUAAGGGAGUGGGAUGGCACGUAUGGGACGCCAGAGAACCAUGCAUGAGUCAAAGACAUACAGUGAAGCCCUUGGGAUCAUUUCCCCUUGUAAAGCAGCCUGGCGACAGCGCAAAUUUAAAAGAGAGGACUGACUCCUGCGCGAUCUACACCCCAGUGACCAACGCAUCCUGCUUCACGGCAGUUCUGUCUACGCAGUCAGCUUGGUUUGGACGGGCGCAGACAAGAUUAGUCAGUGGACAAGAAGGAACAACGCUUGACAUAAAAAGCUGCGCCAAAUCACGUUUCUACUUCCAAGAGUUUUUCCACGCCAAAAACCCGCGAUACAGUUUGAUUCCUUGGAAGCACAACUGAUGUUUGGAUUUGAUAUGUUUUAGGACCGGUCGGCAACUUUGGCUCAAUAUGAACGCGACCCAUGGUGAGAACCUGUUGCGAAUUUGCUUGCUUGGACUCUUUUUUUCUACGGGAAGAGGAUCCUUUGCAGGGCAGAGCGCUCGAUACGACGUGAUUCAGCCAGGCGAAUAUUUUUGAAACUGCAAUGGAAGGUCAAAGUCAAAGAUGGCGGUAUGAGUGAGCUGAUGUUCCCCCACGGCGCGCUGGAUAUCCAUGUGCACCCCGAGCACAAUGAAGAUGCAUCGUCAUAAGGCUUCUUGUACGUUUAUUAAUUGGGAAAGAAAAAAAGACGUGUUAUGUAGAUUCAGGAUCCUUUGAUCCAAUGUGCUAAAUCUGUCUUAAAAAAUGAAGUUAUU